AUGAAAUACUUUGAAUUCUUAAGCCUAUCCUCAGUGGGACUCAGUAUAGCCUGUGGAGACAUACUGAUAGCUUUGAGCGUUCUAGCGCCCUCCAGCUAUUAUCUCUACUUUGACUUUAUGGACAUUGAAAAAUGGGAAUCAAGCAGCGAGGUGGAAGCCCUAAGUCCCAUUAGAUCCUUCUUUACAACAUUAGUGGAUUAUUUGUGGGUACGAGAAUUCUCACAGGUCUUCUAUAUGACAGCAACGCUUAUCAUUUGGGUCAAGGCCUUGGUUAACUUGAUGGUGGCCAUUCUUCUAGUCGAUGGCAUCAAGCAGAAACGACUGGUUUGCAUUGCCCCCUGGUUGAUCAACUCUUGCCUUUCAAUUGUCAUUGAAACGGGCAUCUUUGUGAGUUUGGAACUCAGGAUUGAUGAAGUUGAUGCCGCUGUGGAUCGCCGGAUAGCGCGUAGCCUCAUAUUUGGCGUUUUUAUAGUACUUAACACGUUAUUUUCGUAUGGAAUCUAUGCCCUUUAUCGGAAGCUCAAGUCUGCACCCAGUGAGAAUGUUGAAAUUAUUCCACAAAAUCCCCACACAUUCAAUGCCUAAAACUAUUUUCAACAGUAGGAUCAUAUACCAUAAAGAAUUGACCACGCUUUUGUUUCCAUAGAGGCAAAUAAAAUAAGAUGUGGGAGUACUUGCGAAUAUUUGGAAGUAUAUCCAGCCGA